CAAAGCAGCCAAUCGGAGUCCAGGCGUUGUUCCGGUGCAGAUUUCAAAUCCGUCGAGUCGACAAGCGAGCUGGUGUCCCGUCAACCGUAGCCACACCGACGUUGAUUUGUUUUUCCGAGACCGAUUUUUCUAACUAACCCGUUAACGAAGAUUGUUUUUAACAUAUAUGUUGUAAGUUUGAGGAGCAAUAUGAGAGUAAGUGAAGUCCACGCAGCAGAGUGUGGUGCAUAUCUUAACAGAGCCCAGAUCAGGCUGCAGGACAUUUGGGAUGAAAUUGGGAUUCCAGAGGAACAGCGCGUCCAGAGAACAAAUGAUGUUCACAAGCACAUUAAAGCUCUGCUGGACCUAAUGAUUACGGAAGAGGAGGAGCUCAAGAAGAGAUUAAUGAAAAGCAUAGAGUCCUGUAUAAAGAAACUCAAUCACUUGUGCACUGAACUUCAGCUGCCCCCAUUUAAGGAGGAAGAUGGCUGCUCCAUGUUGCAAAUCGAGAAUAAUAGCCGCACACGUCUAGAGCUGAUGAUGGAGCAGAAGAAGAAGAGAAUGGAAGAGCUCAAGGGCCUCAUUGCCAAAGACCGUGAGCUGUGUGAUAUUUUGUGCACUACCCCAUUUUGCAUUGACCAUGACGCCGUCCCCUCACUGAAUCAACUUGAGACGUAUCAUGCCUACCUGGAUGAUCUCACCAAGGAGAAGGAGCGACGUCAUGAUGAAUUUGUAGGCGUCAAAAGGGAGAUCGUCGUAUUCAUGGAUGAUCUGGAGCGACACCCAGAGACGAGCUUUGAGACGGAUGUGAUGUGUGAGGAUGAGGAGGCAUUUUGUCUGUCAAAUGACAACAUUGCUGCUCUCAAACUUCUCCUCAGUCAGUUAAAAGAACGCAAGGCUAAGAACGAGGACCGUUGUGCAGCUCUCCGUUCUAAGAUCCAGGAGCUGUGGGAAAGACUUCGGACUCCCCAAGAGGAGAGGGAAGCCCUCUCUGAGCACAUGCUUAUGUCAAAGAAGAGAAACAUCGAGACACUCCAGGCUGAGGCCCAGCGUCUAGAGGAGCUGAAAAUGCAGAGCAUGAAGUCUGUCAUCGAGGCCAUCAGAGCUGAGAUCGCUCUUUUCUGGGAACGAUGCUUCUACAGCCAAGAACAGCAGCAAGCUUUCGUUCCAUAUCAUGAUGAUGAUUUUACUGAAGAGCUUCUCAACCUGCAUGAGGCAGAGGUCGGGACCCUGAAGGUGUGUUUCGAGGACCACAGGGAACUCUUUGAGGGAGUCACAAAAUGGCAGGAGAACUGGACCUUGUACUUGGAGCUUGACAAAAAGGCGAAUGACCCCUCGAGGUUCAACAAUAGAGGUGGGAACCUUCUGAAGGAGGAGAAGCAGAGAGCUGACCUGCAGAAAAGUUUGCCUAAGCUGGAAAAAAGUCUUAAAGCUCAAAUUGAUGCUUGGGAGGAGGAGCAUUGCAAAGAAUUCCAGGUCAACGGACAGCAAUUUCUAGAGUACGUGCAGCAGCAGUGGGAUCACCACCAUGCUGAUAAGGAGAAGGAGAAACUGGAGAGGCAAAUGAAGAAAACAAAACAGACACAGGAGGACAUGUUGUAUGGAACUUCAAUGAGAACGCCAUCCAAAAGGCGGAUGGCAGGGACUCUCACACCUGGAAAAGUGAGAAAGCUCAACGGCACCUCAACCUUCUCCACUCCUACCAGCUUCCUUAGUUCAGGCCUCGGUGGAACCAUGUGCCUGCCCUCCACCCAGAAACCACCUCUGUCUGCCAGCAAGGGUUUUGGCCUGCGACCCCCUGGACAAGGAAAGACUCCCCGUGCACUAGACAGAAACAAGGAAAACCUCUCCCAUCUAAGAAACACUCCAAGUGGCACACUAAGGUCUCAGGAUACUCAAGAUCACACCUUCACCUCCAACUCUGUUGCGGACUUCUAUUCGGAAUUUUCGAGGCACCUCUCGACGGCCUCUAAAUCAAAUGCGAAGUCCGGACUGCUGAACUCUACUGUCGGCCAUCAGUGAUGCCGUCCAGUCGGCUGCUCCGGCACCACAAGUCAUCCAGCUCUGAUGUAGUUUGGUGUAAUAUUCAGAUGGUGGACAAGCGGGAACAUUGAUGUAAACUUAUACAAAACAUGUAAAUAUUUCGGGUCUCUAGCAAUUCUCUUUUCCUUAAACUGUAUUCCAGGGUGAGCCCUACUGUUUUCUCUGCUGUAUUUGGGGCAAGUUAUUGAUGAUUGUAGCAAGUCAGAUAUGGCUUUUUAUUUUAAGGCUACAGCUUUUUAAAUGUAACUUUAACCAUAUCUUGAGCACUACUUUGUUGUAGUGCUGUAGCAGCUAGCCAGAGCACCAUGGCUUUAUUCCUCCAGCUGGGAUGACGGCUACGUUUGCUCUUCAUAGUGCUUUUUUUUCAAAGAUCAAGCUGUAAAUAAACGUUGACACC